AUGGCUACUUCCAACAUAAAUGGUCAUGGCGAAAGGCCUUCCGCAGGUGCAAGAUUUCCUACAGCUCCCUCAGUCAUGACGAUGAAUGGUAAUUUUGCAUCUGUUGGCGAUGCGCCGACAAAUGAACAAUAUGAACAUGGCAUACAAGUUAUUGAUGAGCAGAAGGAAUUCAAUCCCAAUCUCAACACCUAUCUUCAAUUCACAGAUACAGCACACUCUGGCUUCAACUACCAUCUUAUAUCAGUAUUCGGAUCACAAUCCACGGGAAAGUCUACGCUCCUCAACCAUUUAUUUGGCACACAAUUCGGGGUAAUGUCCGAGAGGGAGAGGAGGCAAACUACAAAAGGAAUAUGGAUGUCGAAGAAUAAGAAUCAAAACUCCGGGGCUUCUGAAUCCGAGACUAUGGCCGACAAUAUUUUGGUUAUGGAUGUCGAGGGAACAGAUGGUAGAGAGCGGGGUGAAGAUCAAGACUUUGAAAGAAAAAGUGCUCUCUUUGCUCUAGCCACAUCAGAAGUUCUCAUUGUAAAUAUUUGGGAACAUCAAGUAGGACUGUACCAGGGCGCAAAUAUGGGUUUACUCAAAACUGUAUUUGAAGUAAACUGUCAACUAUUCCUAAAGGACAAGCAGUCUACCCCACGAUCCCUUCUGUUCUUUGUUAUUCGAGAUCAUCUUGGCACCACUCCACUCGCGAACCUCAAAGACACUCUUAUUCAGGAUUUAACUGCGAUUUGGAGUUCUCUUUCCAAGCCUGCCGGUCUCGAGAAUUCAAAGAUCGAAGAUUAUUUUGAUUUCGCAUUCGCAGCUUUACCACACAAGAUCUUACAACCAGAUAAGUUCGUUACAGAAGUCCAAAAGCUUGGUACAAGAUUCAGAGCUGGACAUAAAUCUACACGGGCCGAAGAUGCUGGGUUCGAGGGAGGUGUUUUCUUGCCAGAAUAUCAUCGUCGGAUUCCCGCAGAUGGAUUUUCAGUAUACGCAGAAGGUGUCUGGGAUCAAAUUGUGAGCAACAAAGAUUUGGAUCUCCCUACUCAACAAGAACUUUUGGCACAAUUUCGUUGCGAUGAGAUCUCUCGGGAAGUACUGGUCUUAUUCGAUGGAAAGAUUCAACCACUUGAAGAGAAGCAAGCGGAAGAUACUAGAUCAGGCAAACCUACUGUUAUUGCGGACUUGGGUGCUACCGGUAAAACGACACGCACCAGUACCAUCAAGAACUUUGAGACACAAGCCAGCAGAUAUCACAAAGGUGUAUAUGCUUUGAAGCGUACUGAGCUUGAAGGCAAAAUCGAUACGAGAUUAAAGGCAUUAUACCACAGUCAACUCGUGGCGGCUCAUAAAUCUGGAGUCGCGUCCUUUAGCGAUGCCGUUUCGAAUGCUGUUAAGCUUGGUCAAAAGAGAGCAGCUUCGUAUGAAUUUGCGGAUAUCGUGGAACGUGAAAAAGAGGCUGCACUUCAAACUUUCGAGACAGAAGCAAAGAGUCUGUAUAUUGAAGGAUUAGCGUGGACUAAUUUCAAGUCACAGUACGACCUCUACGAAAAAGAUCUUAACGAAGUUAGCGGUAAUCUCAGAAAAGAAGAAAUGAGACGUCUUGCAACACGAGUUGAGAGAUGGGUUAGAACACGAUUGAAUGAUUCCAUUGGACUCGAGUUCAACAAACUCGGUUCUGGAAGAGGUGGCAGUGGAGCCCCUGAGACAGGUGAAAAGCCUGCUUCUGAGAAAGACUUAUGGGACAGAAUUUGGAAAACUUUCGUUGAUACAGUCAAGGAAGCAGAGUCUAAAUUCACCGAUCGAGCGAAGAGUUUCGAUGCUAGUGAGGAUGAAAUUGAAGUUGGUCUAUGGCGUCUUAAAAGAAAGAGUUGGGGUGUCCUCAGAGCCAAGAUUGACGAGGAAGUCAUGGAAGGUAACAUACUUCUCAAACUCCGAGAGAACUUUGAGGACAAGUUCCGUUAUGAUGAAGCGGGUGUUCCACGUAUAUGGCGUCCUUCUGAUGAUAUUGAGGGAAUUUAUACCAAGGCCAGAGAAUCGACUCUUACCCUCAUUCCAUUAUUGUCUAAAUUCAAGCUUUCGGAAUCAUCAUCACUUCCCGAACUAUCUGAAUGGAUUGGUAGCACCCCAGCUAGUGUCGAUCCUAAGGAUGAAGAAGAUCUAACCCCUAUUGGUGGUGUAGAUGAGGAAGAAGGAAAGAGUCUCGAAGAGGAAAUGACGGUUCUUAGUGAAGCUAAACGUCAAGAUCUCGUCGUUAGAUUCAAGAAAACUGCGGAUGGUGUAUAUGUUGAAGCUAAACGUAGUGCUAUUGGUGGAGUGGCUCAAGUUCCGUUGUAUUUCUAUGGUCUUUUGUUGGCUUUGGGUUGGAAUGAAAUUGUUGCUGUUCUCCGUAACCCAAUUUACUUCAUCUUCCUCAUUCUCUGUGGUAUCGCUGGAUAUGUCACUUACACGCUUAAUCUCUGGGGCCCAAUCAUUCGCAUGAUGAACGCGGCUAGUACUCAAGGAGUCGAGAUUGGAAAGGAGAAGUUGAGAGAAUUUUUGAAGGAUAAUGAGAUGGGGAGACAGGCUUUGGGCAUGCAGGGAAGAGAUCACGGGGAUAGUGAUGGGAUUAGUUUGAAUACUUUGGAUAGUAGGGGAAAGAGGGCUAGUAGGGAGGAGGAGGAGGAGGAAGAGGAGAUUUAA